AACAAACAGAACCACAAUCAUCACCACAUCCACUCCAAGACACAGAAUCAACCAAACAACGCAGCCACACACCCCCCGUCAAGGCACAGAAAAAGAACCACUCACUUCCCAAAAUGUCUCCCAACACCCGCUACUCUCUCUCUCACCUCUCGCCGGCCAAAAAGGCCGAGCGCCGCGUCAUGAACAACCGCUCACACGACAACCGCCGGUCGUUUGACUCGACCGCCACGGCGUCGACGCUCGGGGAGAUGCCCGUGGUCGACGCUUCGCACCACCUGCCCGUGCCCAGUCGUAGUCACUCGACGGCCAACCGCUAGGGAGCAACGGAAGUAAGGACAUGCUGGUAAAUCAGCAGGAAUUUGUACAAUAGGCGAGCCAAGUUAGAUAGCAGAUGCUUUUGUUUUCCUUGAGCUGAAUAGAGGCUUU